UUGAGAGAUUUAAGAAUAGACUGCUCCAUAAAAUGUUAUGUAUAUGUUUCACUGUUAUUUAAAAAAUGGAUUAUUAUUUAAUUCAUGUGCAGAAAUUUAAUCUUCCUGUGGAUUGGAUCCUACAAUGAUCUGAAGCUGCUAGAUAACCCAAGCAAAGUUCUAAAAGAACUUGGAUUCUUCAAAAACAACAGGGUAUUUAAAUCACUCAAAUAUUUUUUCCAGAUGAAAUUGCAUAUUCUUCAAUGCAUGAUGUAGCUAAGAGGAAUGAGGUAGCACAGUCUUUUACACAUGGGGUGUUUGGUUUGGCAAGGCCUCUCUGUUCAGUGCUUGGUCAACACACUUUAUUCUCAGAGUGCCUCUUUUUACCUUUGCACAUACAAUAUAAUGUUGUCAUGCUAGAUUUCAUGUAUUUAUUUAAAGAAAUAUAAGGUUUACAAAACUUCAUGUCCUACAAAUAGCUACAAUGCUAAUCUAGGCAGGACAAGACUUUAACUAAAGGCGUUAUUAAAUUACAUAAGAAAAAAGAAAAGAAGAAAUACAAAAACAUACAGAAAGAAACACCUUACAUAUAAAUUCAAGUACAAGGGAUUUUAUUAUUUGAAAAAGACUAAAAUUACAACUAGAGGUAUAUACAAUAUAUCAGGUUAACUUCACAAAAUAUUCUAUUAAAAAAUUAACAUUCAAAUAAUUAUCUUCAUUACCUAGAACAUUAAGGAGUAGUGAUUUAAUUUUUUUACGAAAAUUAGAAACGUUGAGAGUCUUAACAGAAAGUGGAAUAGAAUUCCAAAUAGACACACCGAUUCUAGUAAAAGAUUUUUUAAUUUUUUCAGUUCUAGAGAAUUUGACAGAGAAGCAUUCUUUUGCAGAUAAUCGUGUAUUGUAAUGAUGUUCUGUAUUGAUUUUUGCAAACUUAUCAAGAAGACUUUUAGGAGCUGUCUUAGCAUGAACGUCAUACAUUAAAUAGCUUAACUGUUGAAAGAACAAAGACUGCAAAGGAAGGCAGUUUGAUUCAAUAAAAAAAAGGAUUGCAUGGUCUCUGGGUUUAGAAAAAUAAAUCAAAGUAGAGCACGUUUUUGCAGAACAAGUAUCUUAUUGAGGUAGGUCUGUGGACAGUUGCCCCAUGCACAGAUACCAUAAUUUAAAUAAGGAGAAAUAAGUGCAUGAUAUAAAUUCAAAAGAAGACGAAUGAAAGGCAUUCUUUUUUGGUGGGGACGAAAAAUGACAUAAUUAGACUUUUUGACGUUGAGCAUUAGUUUGUUAGCAUUAAGCCAUUCACUUACUUUCUCAAGUUCAUUAUUGACAGUUAGUUCAAGAGUACGUAAGUUGUCAUUUGCAUAAGUUAGACUUGUAUCGUCUGCGAAAAGAUAAAAAGUAAAUUCCUUGGAAGAUUUAUGGAUGUCAUUAAUAUAUAACAAAAAUAACAAGGGUCCAAGUACAGAGCCUUGAGGUACUCCACAUACGAUCGUUUUAGUUUCAGAUAUGCAUUUGUCUAUUUCAAUAGACUGUCGGCGAUCUGAAAGAUAUGAUCUAAACCAAGAAUUUAUAACUCCUCUUAUUCCAUAGUGUUCAAGUUUUGUCAAAAGAAUCUCAUGGUUAACAGUAUCAAAUACUUUCUUAAGAUCUAUAAAAAUUCCACAUGAGUACUUUCUAUUGUCCAUAUUAGAAUGUAUGGUGUUCACAAUAAUCAAGAAUCGCGUGCUGGGUACUAUGUUUAUUUAAGAAAAGCCAUAUUGUAAAUCACAAAGAAUAUCAUUCUUGUCUAUAAACUUUAUCAGUCUACGAUAUAAAAUUUUCUCAAAUAAACGAUUAUAAAUUGAUAACAAAGAAAUUGGCCGAUAGUUUUCAGGCAACGUCUCGUCUUCACCCUUAUAAACUGGAAUUACUUUUGCAUAUUUAAGUUUUGCAGGGUAAACCCCAGUUAGUACAGAGUGGUUAAAAAUUUUGGUUAAUGGUAUGGAUAUGACUGAUUUGGCAAGUUUUAACAGUUUAACAGGGGUAGAAUAAAGCCCCAGGGCUUUAUUGUAUGGCAACAAGCUAAUUACUGUUUCAAUUUCUUGCGGUAUAAUUGGAUCAAAAUAAAAACUGUUCUGCAAAGGUGGAUCAAGAUAAUCAGAAAAAGUAGUGUUAACUUCAGGAAUAGAGAAAGAGUUGAAAAGGAAUCAGUUCCCUAAAUCACUUAAAAUCUGUUUUAUCAGCAAAUGGUGUGGAAAUUGUGAGGAGGAGUUUGUCUGGUAUCCCAUUCAAUAAAUAGAAGGGGGGAGGGGAAUAAUCUUCCUAGCUGUUAACUGGUAUGGCAUACUGCAGUAUAACUUUUAGCUGCAUGCGCCCAUUUGCUUGAGUUAAGACUUGUGGCCUUAAGUUUCUGCUUAAUAUGAACCUGCAGUCAACUCAGAUUAAGUUAUUGUCUGGUACAAAAUAUUUGCCUUGGAUAACAUAAUGAAUGUUUGUGGUUAUAUUCCACUAGGUGUUUGUAGAAGCUUCUGAUGAAGAGGAAGAUGUUCAGUUUAAAGAUUCCAAACUGUUCAAAGUCGUAGAUGUAUUUCAGCACACUAUUCAAUUGUUUGUUUUAUUACCAGAUCCAUCUACAAAACCAUCAGGUAUGUGGGGCCUUAAAGAUUGUUAGUUGAACCAUAUGUGGCUACUUUGUAAUCUGAGAAUGGAAGGAUUUUUAUCUUCUCUGUAUACAUCUCUAUUACAUCUGGUUAUGUAGUUCAUUAGCUUGGUUUGAAAAACAAGAUGAUGUCAUUAAUGUUUUGGGAUCAUGAUAAUUCCCAAUUAUUACAUUGAUGUUUGAACAGAGAACUCCUUACAUACUAACACGCGUGUAACAACCUCUUGCCCAUAGAGCACACAAGCAGAUAUAUCUGUGAGACUGCAGUUGAUUCAGAAAAGAAUGAAAAACAAAGAGGUGAGAAGUUGUGUCAAGAGUACAGAGAUACAGUUAUGGUAACAUAAGUCUUCAUUAACUAACUCUUGCACUUUCCUAGGAAAUAAUUGCAAGCCAUGUUUGAUUUUUAGAAAAACUUGUCCGAGUGGACAAAAGAAUCACCCUCGGAAAACUGAAGGAAAUUCUGAAGAGCGAUGUUGGAUGUGCACCAGAGUUUUUUAGGGUAGGUACUAGAGAAUGUCUUUAGUUUAUGUUAUUUACCAAACAGAAUUAGAGAUGACUUGUGAAGUUGCAAUCAUUUGCUGGUGGAGAACAGGCAUAAACCAGAGUUUCAUUUGAGAUGUCAUUGAUACUAGAGGUCUGUUUUUCAUGAUCAUAGGUUUACAGAGUAUACUCAAACAACCAAGAAAUUGAGUACAGCAAGUUAACUGACCCACUUACAAGCUUCAGUGAUGAUUCUAAGGUUGGUGCCAAUGCAGAAUUUUCCAGGACAGUGAAAUGUUGCUAUUUUCAUGGUAGUUUCAAUAUUGUUUUUCUGUUUGAGUGACACAUUGGUAGAGUUCAUUUUAAUAUACAGUUUGAAAACUGUCAGAAUCAUGUAGGCUGCACUUUUAGAUACUUAUUUUGUUGUAAAUGAUGGCAUUAUUAUAUCGAUAGGUUAAUUCUUGCCCUUCCUCAUUUUCUUCUACAUGUUAAAUUAGUAAAAUUGUAAAGGAACAUGGACUUGCUGUGGUCUGGUUCAUUUUACAUUUAUUCACCAGCUGAAUGGUGGAGUAAGAUCAUUUUAUUGACAGUAUCUACAUGAAACAAACACAACCUUUUAAGCUUUUGUGCUAUCUAGCGAUUGACUUUAUUUGUAAAGUAUGUUUGCACUUUGCUGGAAAAUUAUGCUCUACAGCAAUCUUUAGUAGACGUUACAUUUGUAGUGGAUAUGAGGCAUUCAAUUCUUUCUGUGCUAGAUACGAGUAAAGUACAGUCGUGCCCUCAAGAAAGGGGAACAUCAGCUUAAAAUAUUUCUACUAAAUCCUACAGAAAAGGAGGUGAGGGUGAUUUGUUACAGAGAAUUUGUUCUGUAUAUCUAUUCCUGGACUCAUUGCGCAAGUUCUUCCUGCAUUCAAUACAAUUGCUACAAUCCUUUUUCCUGCAAAUAAUUAGCAUAAAAUUCCUUCCUAACUAUCAAAGUUGAGCUUAAACUAUGUUUUAUAACAAUAUCAGUCUAUAAUAAAACUUUAUAGUUGGUGUCUGGAAAAGAAUUUUGACCCACAGUUUGGCCACUGAUUCCUUUUGGGAGAAGAGAUAAACUAAGGCUACUUUAAAGCAAUAGCGCCCUUUAAUUACAUGUCAUGAUGAUGAUUAGUCUUUGCUGAAGGAAAUGAAUUGAAUGAUAGUAUCUGUUUCACUUCUAGCCUUACAAGUACUUUUGUGACUGGAUUGUAACUGAUGGUAUGUCAGUGAAACAAUGCAAAGAACUUUUACAGCCAGAAAUCUGCCAAAGAUGUGGUAUUGAUGUACCUGUUGAAAAGUAAGUUUAAUCAUCACUCUAAGAUUUUCAGUUGAAAGGGUACACUUAAAGGUAAAAAAAUUUUUUUCCCACCUCCACUGAAUGUUAAUAUGAAUUAACACAAAUAUUAUUACUAUGAAUUAAUAUUUAUUAGUUAGUAUGGUUAAUUAAAUAUGGAACCCUUCCAGCUGGUUUUAUGCCUGUUAAACAGCACUUGUUUAUUUUGCAGCAGAUACGGCCUUGUUACUUCCUUGUUCAUUUAUUUGUUUUUGAAAAAACUUAAAAAGAGUUAAACUGUUAACUUUUUGUUUUGUUUUCCUUCAAAUAAGGAAUUUUUUUCUCUUUUAUCUCUUCCUUUUUUUAUUUUUAGUCUCAGGAUGAGAAGAAAAAACUGGAAGAAUCCUGCUGCAGUGUAUGUUGAUUCUCAGGUGUUUGAAGACCACAUUCAGGUGUAUGCAAGUUUUGAAGUUUUCCUGGAAAUAUUAGAAGGUGUGUGAGUUUGACUAAGAAUUUUUAUCAAAUCACCACUUUAAUAAUUUCUGUAUCUCCUCUUGUCAGAUGACACACUUGACCAUCAUAUUUUUUGUUAACCCCUUAAUUCCUCGAUAUAACUGACAAUAAUUUCUAACUGAAAUUUCAUUAAUUUUGACUUACUGUUUCUUCGUUUCUCUAUUUUUAUUGUGUUCAUUAAUCGAGGUGUGGAAUUUCAAGUGUGAGGGUUUAAUAUGCAAAAGUAACUCUGAGUUAUAAUUAUAGUUAAUAAUUUUGUGUCAUUUCACUGUUCUGAAUCCCCAAAUUGUUCUUUUACAUAGUAUGUGCAUCAUAUAAUCACUUUCCAAAACAAAAUAUAUCCACAACAUCCAUUUUUCACUCUUCUAGGCCCUGAAUUAAUGACUUCAACAGACCAGCUUUCAGUCUAUGUGCGCCAUUGGCAUCCUUCAACUAUAACACUUGACCCUCCCAAAGAGGUUGUUCUGCAAGACAGUGUAGUUGACGAACUGAAAGCUGCAGUAAGUUGGGAUUAGUUAGGGCAUGUUAUUCAUCAAAGAAUUCUUCAAUGGAUUGAGGGUUUUGUGGCUAAGGCAGCAGUGUUUCAUACUCACAGUCUGAUGGCCCUCAAGGUUUAGGGUCACUCUGACUCUUAGUUAGACUUGGAACCAGAACUGAAAAUUCUUUCCAGUGAUACACAUGUGUUUUAUAUUUUAAUAUGGAGGUGUUUAAAGGUAAAGAGUUCACUUUUGGAAGGAGAUGGCUUAGAAGGAAACUUAUGGUGGCUGUUAUUGCCUUUUAAAAAAGAAUAGAUCAUGAAAUAAGCACUUUGGUGGCAUGGGCAUUUGAACACUAUUUUGGUCUAGAGGGUUGGGAGUUUGAACAAACCAAGCUUCAAAAGCUCAAAUGCGCAGGGGGUCCUUGGGAGGAUGCUGAAGCUUCAAAUUGGUUGACACAUAAGUAUGCAUACCUUGGAGAUAGUCAACUGUUUUUUAUUUUAUGUCUUCAUGAUUCAUAUUUACAUUUGUGCUUCCAGAUACUAUAACAUUUUCAUUUGACUUUCCAAAUUGAUUGCUGUAGUCUGUGAUAUUAAUAGAUUGUAAUUGUGUAUUUCUCUUUCAGGUUAGCAAACUUGGUAGUGUUCCAGAAGAGAAUUUAGAGUUGUGCAAGGUGAAGAUUAUUCAAGAUUUAGGGUCAAAUUAAAAUCUAAAAUUACUCUACCAGGAUUUUUUUAGUUUUCUGUAGUUUACCAUAUUUUGGGAGGCUAGUUUGCACAAUUUUAUAGCAAUUUCAGCACUAACCUUUGUUAUAAUCAUGCACAGAUGUAAAGCUACCAUGCACACCACUUAUUUAAACAUCAACUUCUUUGAAAGUCUGUUGGUUCUUUGACUCACCAACACCAUGGUGUUGGUGAGUCAUGCUUUAACCCUUUCAAUCCCAAUAUCGCAUUAAUAAUUCUCCUUACUUUCUGCCAUUAAUUCUCAUGAUUGUAGUUUGGAAAAAAUGUAGCAUUUUAACAACUUAUAAUCCCCUACUGAUAUUUUCCUACAAUUUCAUCGCUUUUCUGCUUGAUAUUGCUAUUGUAAAGAGAAAUUCUGUUUUGGUCAUUCAUGGGAGUUUGAAAGUUGAGAAGUUUCACUGUUAACCAAAGAUAACCACACGGACACUUUCAUAGUGUGGGAAAGUUAUAUUUGAUUUCAAUACCUCACACAAAGUGUAGGAGUUGACAUAAUUUUUUUGCUACUUUCUUAAGAACUUUGAGAAUCCUAUUUCUCUUUGUAACAAAAAAAACUUAAGGGGGUGUUUCCCUUGUAGGGCCGUGGACACUUUCCUUGUGAAAUGUCUGUUUUGGAGAUUCAUGAUGAGUGUGACUGGUCAAGUGACUUGACAUCCCUUAGAGCAAGUCCUCUGUUGAUAACUGAUGAUGGAGCAGUGGUGUUUUUCAGGUUAGAGUCUUUAGUUCAGAGGAAUGGAGGGCUUAAAAUGUUCUGGAUGACAAUCUAUCUGUCCUUGGCAGAUAGAUUGUUCUCAAAAUUUCAUAUUUGCCCCUGGAAGCUUGGCUUCUUUGCUUUGCUUUACGGCUUUGUUUUUCUGCUCUGCUUCCUUUUCAAUUUAGUUCAAGAUUUAACUGUCAAAAGUUCCCACCUUUAAAAGUUACACUUCAUCCUUUCUGUAGGGAUAAAACAGAAAAGCUCAUGGAAAUAACAGAAGAAAAGAAGCAGGAAAUCAUAAAAAAAGAAAAUGCAAAGUAAGAAUUUCACCCUCUCAUGAUGACGUCAUGUUUUACUUAUCCAGAAAAGAUUACAGCCACAAUGAUGUACAAUCAAUUUUUUUUGUGUGUGCAGCAUUUCACUAAAAUAAAAUUAAUUUUUAUGUUGUCUUUCAAGUGGCAGUUAGGAAUAUCUGGUAAUACUUUAUGAGGUAGUAAUCAAGGGAAGUUAUUUUAGCCCUGUAAUCCAAUUCAAAUGAACAACAGUAGAUUAACUGUAGCCAAAUCACAAGCAUGGUGUUCUAUUUUGGAAUUGACCCUUAAUAACUCUCAAGAUCUCAUUGUUAAUUGUCUGCUCUAGCUGCUACACAUUUCCUUGUAAAUUAGUUAAGAGAAUUUGGUAUUAGAUAAAGAUGAAAAUUAAACUUCUACCUGGAACGUGCGAGUACUCUCAUCGCCUGUCUGCUGGAUAACAUAUGAAUAUUAUAUAGAGAAGUUUCAUGUGAACUCCACUUCCAGGAAUUAACAAAUGUAUUCUUUUUAUCAUCAUACAGGAGCAACAACUCAAAUACAAGAAUUGGAAAAUUUUCUUACAAGGAAAGAGCUCUAAAAAUUUACACUGAUGACAACAGACCAAGCAACUGAAAAGAAAGAGAGUACUUCUCAAUUAACCAGGGUUGAAACAACUCAAGAAACGCACAACCACUUGCAUUGAUAGAGAGAUGAUGGACUGUGCAACAAUAUUGAUAAAUAUUAUGGAGUUCCUAGUACAAUCAAUAAUGGAUUGGGAAAGAACACAGAACAAUGAGAUACAGAAACAAUUCUGUUUGAUUGACAGUAGCCCUUGUAAGUCAAUAGUUUUGUGCAUGGAAGGCAGAGAGGAUGUCUAAAAUUCCCAUGAAAAGGGGCCUAGGGAUCAUUAGCAUUGUGUUUUGUAACCUCACUUUUUGCAUAAACUUAUUGAUGACUGAAGUGACCCUGAACUAACUCACCUUAUCUUCAAAUGCAGAGCUUCAAUUAUUUUAAGUCAAUAGAAUUUUCAUUACAAUUACAAUGUAGUAGAGGACUUUGCAACUUAAACUACAAACAUAAGACCUUUAUUUCUACCAUUUAGUUCACCUCAUGGUUAAUUUUGGUCUACACAGUUCUUCUGAGCAGAACAUGUACAAAUGGUUACAGAAGAGCUUUUUGAUACUUUUCCUCCUAGAGAAAAACAUUGGGAAGUUUUCUGAUGUGCAUAUACUCAAAAUCUGUUUUCUGCAGAAAAUAAAACAAAGUCUGCCCUUAUAAUCUAGGAUAAAACACAAAUAUUUCACUUGAUCUAUUCCCUGCAGUCACAGUUCUUUUCAGAAGGCUUUCAAGAAACAUGUAUGAUACGUGUACAUUCCAGUUUUCAAGCUUAUGGAAAAAUAGUUUUUGCUCAAGUAUGUAAUCUUAUACCAAGCUCCAAGAGCUAGGUUUAGUGUAAUUUAAGAGGUGGCUGAUGAGUCAAAACUGCAACUUGGUAAAAUCCAUUCAGGAAACUCAACAUUGGUAGUUACUCAAUGAAAGAUGCUGUAAAACUGAAGUUCUUGAUUGUAAUUAGAGAACAUUUUGAUACUAGCAGUGUACUUUAUUAUCUAACGCUGAAGGGGAACUGCAACACCAACAAAUGGGCAAUUUUACCUCUACCUUACAGAGCAGUAAUCUCCUUGGGGUUUUCCACUAUUUGCAUUGAAUUUGUGUGAAUUACUUGCAAAAAAUGCUAAAACAAUUAUGGUCAACUUCUGCUUGCUGAGCUCUACUUGUAUUUGCUCAUUCAGAGUAAAAGAAAUAUUUCUCACGACAUCAGCACUUAUAGGAAGUUUGACAAAUGAACUGUGGGUCACUGAAGAUUUUUACAAAACAUUUAUCAGAUGUUGUGAUUUUUUGUUACCGGUCUCUCAUAAUAAAACAAUGAAAGUAUCAUUUACAGUAACUGUAGUAUGUAGAUUAGUUUCAAAUUGUCUUCAUGUUGUGCAUCAAUUUUUCUACUAUUACUAUCAUCUUUACAAUUAAAUUUCAAUUUAGGUCAAGCUUCAAUCAAGAUGCUGUAAAUCUUGAAAAUAAACAAUCUUAAGUCAACAACAAAAACAAUUAAAAGCUCUUUCUGUAAAUAGGGAGG